UUUCCUCCCUUCUUCUUCUUCUUCUUCUUCUUCUUCUUCUUCAUUUUGCUGGUUAUUUCUCCUUCACUGUUCUUCAUUUUGCUGGUUAUUUCUCUUCUUCAUUUUGCUGGUUAUUUCUCCUUCAUUGUUCUUCAUUUUGCUGGUUAUUUCUCCUUCACUGCUGACACACACUCGGUUAAGUUGCUGCUUCAUUUUAAAAACUUGAUUGGGAUUCUUGUUCUUUAUAAUUGGAAGUUUCAAGUGGAAGAAAAUAUGCUCAAAAUCCAGGUUUUAUUGUUCUUUGUUAAUUAGUUUUAUUUUUUUUAUUGUGUUGUGUUUAUUAUAAAAAUUAAAAAAUGUUUCCUAAGAAACAACUUUCCGGAAAUCUCAAGAGACAAAGAAAGAAAAAAGAAGAAGAAAUUGCUCAAAGUUUAAGAGGAUCUUUGAAUAAAUAUUUUGUUAAACAAAUCAAUACUUCACUUGAAAAUUUAGAUGAAGAUUUACCAAAUGAAUGUGAACAACCAAUUCAAUUGGAAGAAUUAGUAGAAAAUGAGAAUGAAGGGAAUGAAGAAAUUGGUGAUCAAGAUGAAAAUGAAAAUGAAUGUCCUGAAACAAGAUUUGAUUUGAACAUUUAUGAUCCACGAGUUUGGGAUAAUCUUGAUGCAAAAAUGAGAGAUUUACUUGUAGAAAAAGGUCCCAUAAGAGAAACUAAUUUCAAAUUCCCCAUGGACGAACACAAUAGACAUUUUUCUUCAAAUUAUUAUAUUCGUAUGUUACCAAAUGGGGAAACUAAGGAUCGAAAAUGGCUAGUGUACUCAAAGGAGUUGGAUAGAGUGUUUUGUUUCUGUUGUAAGUUGUUUAAAACAAUGAAUUCUAGAAGUCAGUUAACUAGUGAAGGAACUAGAGAUUGGAAACAUCUUGGUGAGAAGCUUAAACAACAUGAAAGCAGUAUUGAACACCUCACUAACUUGAGGUCUUGUAUUGAAUUGCAAAUCAGAUUGAAAACAAAUCAAACAAUUGAUAUAGAAUUACAAGAGUUAAUCAAGAAAGAUACACUACACUGGAAAAAUGUUAUUGUCAGAAUCAUUGCUGUUGUUAAAUGUCUUGCUACACAUAAUUUAGCUUUUCGUGGAACAAAUGAAAAAAUUUAUGAAGAUGGUAAUGGUAACUUUUAGGCAUACUUGAAAUGAUUGCAGAGUUUGAUCCAGUAAUGCAACACCAUUUUCAACUCAUUCAAGAUAAAAAGAUUCAUUAUCAUUAUCUUAGUCAUAAAAUUCAAAAUGAGUUGAUAGCUAUUUUAGCAUCAAAUGUUAAACAUGCAAUCAUUGAAAAAAUAAAAACGGCUAAAUAUUUUUCAGUCAUUCUUGAUUGUACUCCUGAUGCAAGUCACAAAGAACAAAUGACUUUAAUAUUGAGGUGUGUCGAUGUUUCAAGUACUCCAAUAAAUAUAGAAGAGUACUUUCUAGAGUUUUUAAAUGUGGAAGAUACAUCUGGAUUAGGAAUUUUUAAUGAAUUGCAAAAUGUAAUUGAGUCCCUUACACUUAAUAUUGAUGAUGUGAGGGGACAAGGUUAUGACAAUGGCUCUAAUAUGAAAGGAAAAAAUUUAGGUGUACAAAAAAGAUUACUUGAUAUAAAUCCUAGAGCAUUUUACAUGCCAUGUGGUUCUCAUUGUCUCAACUUAAUAGUUUGUAAUAUGGCAAAUUCAAGUGUUAAAGCAAAAUCUUUUUUUGGAGCAUGUCAAUGCAUAUAUACGGUAUUCUCUAAUUCAACAAAACGAUGGAAUGUGUUACUUGAUUACAUAGAUGGUUUGACUUUGAAAUCAUUGUCAACUACACGUUGGGAAAGUCAUAUUGAAAGUGUCAAAGCAAUAAAAUCUCAAGUUUCCCAAAUCAGAGAAGCUUUAUUUAAAUUAACAGAAAUUAGUGAAGAUGCCAAAUUGAGUAGGGAUGCUCAAAGUUUAGCAUCAGGAGAGCUUUCAAGUUUUGAAUUUAUAUUAAGUUUGGUUAUUUGGCAUGACAUUUUACAUAAAAUUAACUUAGUUAGUAAAAAAUUACAAUCUGAAGACAUGCGUCUUGAUGCUGCUGUAAGGCAAUUAGAAGGACUUGUUUUAUUUUUUGAAAACUAUAGAAUAAAUGGGUUUAUUUCUGCUAUGAUUGAUGCUAAAGAAAUUUCCCUUGAUAUGGGAAUUGAGCCUGUAUUUCCCAAAAAACGUCAAGUUUGUAGAAAAAGGCAUUUUGAUGAGGUUUCCAAUAGUGAUAGGGAACAACAAUCAGCUGAAGAAUCAUUUAGAACUGAUUAUUUUCUUGUUAUAGUGGAUAUUGCUCUUGGUGAACUGAAGAGUAGGUUUGAACAAUUGCAUUGUUUUGAAUCUAUUUUUGGGUUCUUAUUUGAUGCUGUAAAGUUGACUUCGUUUCAUGAUGAUGAAUUGAAAAGCUUUUGUGUGAAUCUUGAAAAUGCUUUAAAACAUGGUGAUGUUUCUGAUGUUGAUGCAAGAGACUUAUUUUCAGAAUUACAGGUGUUGCAAGUGAUGUUACCAAAAGAAGCAUAUGAAACAGAUAAACCAUGGACAUCCAUUAAAAUUCUUGAGUUUGUAAAGAGUGUGGAUAUGUUUCCUAAUGUAAUGGUUGCUUAUAGGGUAUUAUUGACUAUACCUGUGACUGUGGCAUCUGCUGAAAGAAGUUUUUCUAAAUUAAAAUUAUUAAAAUCUUACUUGCGGACCACCAUGACUCAAGAUAGACUAAAUGGAUUAGCGAUAUUAUGCAUUGAAAAGGAUAUGUUAGAAAACAUUAAAUAUGAUAGUAUAAUUGAUGAUUUUGCAUAUAAAAGCGCAACAAGAAGACAUUUUAAAUGAUGUUUUGUGGUUGAGAUUUCAUUGUUAUUUUUAUUUUGUAGGUACAUUUGAUGAUUUUUUUUGCUUCGGUUAAUUGUGGAAGAUGAAAGGAAGAUUGAUCAAAUCAAGAAAUAUU